AUGUCGGAUCAAAGCCCCUUUGAAACAGACAUGCUAACCCUGAACCGAUUUGUCAUGGAGAAAGGACGACGGAUGAAAGGGGCAACAGGAGAACUGACCCAGCUUUUGAACUCGAUGCUCACUGCCAUCAAGGCCAUCUCAUCGGCAGUCCGAAAGGCAGGUCUUGCUCAUAUGUUUGGAAUAGCAGGAAGCAUGAACGUGACUGGGGAUGAGCAGAAAAAACUGGAUGUGUUGUCCAAUUCUCUGGUUAUCAACAUGCUACAGUCCUCCUACAGCACUUGCGUCCUGGUCUCUGAAGAGAAUAAAGAAGCAAUUAUCACUCCAAAAGAAAAGAGGGGUAAAUAUGUGGUGUGCUUUGAUCCACUAGAUGGCUCUUCUAAUAUAGACUGUUUAGCCUCAAUAGGAACAAUAUUUGCAAUUUACAAGAAGACAUCUGAAGAUGAGCCUUCUGAAAAGGAUGCCUUACAAGCUGGACGCAACAUUGUCGCAGCAGGUUAUGCUCUGUAUGGCAGUGCAACGCUAGUCGCUCUUUCAACCGGGCAAGGAGUGGACUUGUUUAUGUUGGAUCCGGCUCUUGGUGAGUUCAUUUUGGUGGAAAAAGAUGUGAAAAUCAAGAAGAAAGGAAAAAUCUAUAGUCUUAAUGAAGGUUACGCAAAGUACUUUGAUCCAGCUGUGACUGAGUAUUUACAAAAGAAGAAAUUUCCUGAGGAAGGCACAGCUCCCUAUGGAGCCAGAUACGUGGGGUCCAUGGUGGCUGAUGUUCACCGUACCCUGGUGUAUGGUGGGAUAUUUUUAUAUCCAGCUAACCAGAAGAGCCCCAAAGGAAAGCUGCGGCUCUUGUAUGAGUGCAACCCCAUAGCUUUCAUCAUUGAACAGGCUGGAGGAAUAGCUACUACAGGCACAGAGGCGGUGCUGGAUGUAAAGCCAGAGUCUAUUCAUCAGAGAGCCCCUUUCGUUGUCGGUUCUCCAGAGGAUGUUCAAGAAUACCUUGCUUUUGUACAGAAACAUCAGAAAAGCAGCUAG